CUUCUCAUAUACGUGGUAGUGUAAUGAUUUCUUUCCGCCCCCAAUGUUAGAUAGACUAAAUCCUGCAGCCAUGGCACUAAUCCUGCAGAGCCUCGCACGAUACCCCCCCUAACAUGGGUGAUCUAAUUAAUCAGGGAGUAGUAGUCUCGGAACAGGAUGGGCAUGAUCAGGCUAGUUUUUGAUCAGCCUCCCCCUCUCCUUUGCUUGGGUUUAUGAGCUCCCUUCCAAUCCUUCCAAUCCGAGAGGGAGAGAGAGGGAGAGACAACAUACGAUGUCUUCUGCAGACACCGAUGGCAACCAGCAACCGGGGCUCAUUGCCUUUUGUGUGGUAAUGCUCACAGUAGCUGUAGCCUCGGUCGCUCUCCGCUGCUGGUCCAUCUGGAGCUCCCAUACUCACCGGUUUGGCUACGAUGAUGCCUUUGCCAUCUUAACUUUGCCCUUCAUUAUCGCCGAAUCGUCGCUUAUCUUCUACUGGAUCUCCCUGGGGUUGGGUCGUCACAUCGCCACCUUACCCGUCAGCCAUCAACUCGCGGGCCCCAAGAUCAUCUUCGCGGCCGCCUUCCUUUACGAUGCCAGCAUCACCUUCCCCAAGUUAUCGGUGCUCUGCUUCUACCAUCGGAUCUUCCAGCGGGGUGGAGGCCCCUGGGUCCGCCCGACGCUUGCAGCGGUGGGCGCCCUGUGCGUCUGCUGGCUGAUCGGGUCGUGGCUGGCCACGGCUUUUCAGUGCACGCCCGUGCGGGCCUCGUGGGAGGCCGUGGCCGGUUCGAGAUGCGUCACGCAGUGGAAGUUCUUCACGGGGACCGCGGCCCCGAGUGCCAUCCUGGAUGUGAUCAUUCUGCUGAUCCCGCUGCCCCUGCUCUGGUCGUUGCACAUGACCCGGGCGAAGAAGGCCAUGCUGAUCGGCCUCUUCAUUUGUGGGUACUCAGUGGUCGUCGUCUCUCUCGGGCGCCUCAUCACGCUUCUCAAGGCGGGUUCGGCUCUGGAAGCCGAUCUCACCUGGUCCACCAUCGAAUAUAUCUGUUGGGUGCAGUGUGAGGGCCCCAUCUCGCUCAUGUCGGUCUGUCUCCCGAAUAUCACGGAUCUCGGGCGUCGCUGGUUCGGGAGGCACGGAAGAACACAGCCGCUCCGGAACAGCGCCUUCUCGUUAUCAUCCUCCGCCAGCAAGCCCAGUAACACGGCGGAGUUGCUGAGUGGCAAACGAUCGUUUCACCCCCUCGGGGAAGUGACAGAAGAAGUCGACCGAGAGACCAUCCUCCUGGACACCAGUGUUGGCCCCGAGAGAAGCCUCCCGAGGGAUAGCCGGCAUCAUAUCUAUGUGAACACUACCUUCGAAGCAACCCGGGAUAGUGUCUGA